AACACUUCCCUACAAAACCGUUUAAUGGUCAUCUCUCCCACCCUCUCUUUCUCUCUGCAUCUCGUCUGUACCUCUGUAAUCUAGUGCUUUCCUCUCUCCCUCCCUAACCCAUUUUCCCGUUUCCCCAGAAAAUCCUUUUUUUUUUUUCCAAUCACAUUCUUUCUUUCCUUCUAUUUCAUUCCGGUGUCUCCAUCGUUCUGCUUUCGCUCCUCUUUCUCAGUUCGGUUGAUUUCUUCCUGCCAUAUUUAGAAGUAUUCUAGGAGUUUUUUUUUAACGUUUUGUAGAUCUAGUUGCGGCUCUGUGAUUUUGGUGAUGGUUGGUAAAAUGUGUUGGGGAGUCUACUGAAUUUGUUGCUGGAAUUAGGGUUUGGCUAGGAGAUGGAGGCGAGGAUGAGCAAGUACAAGCAGGUGAGUCCGGAGAGGACGAAAGUCUGGACGGAGAGAUCGCCUAAGUAUUACCAGCAGCAGCAGAGCAGGAAAGUUCCGGUGGUUUAUUAUCUCUGUAGAAAUCGGCAACUGGAGCAUCCUCACGUCAUUGAGGUUCCUCUUUCUUCGUCGGCUGGUCUGCACUUAAGAGACGUGAUUGAAAGGCUUAAUGUUCUUAGAGGCCGAGGAAUGGCUUCCAUGUAUUCUUGGUCCUGCAAAAGAAGCUAUAAGAAUGGAUUCGUGUGGCAUGAUCUUUCAGAAGACGAUUUAAUUUUUCCCGCUCAUGGGAAUGAGUAUGUUCUCAAAGGUUCUGAGCUUUUUGAAGACUCUAAUUCAGGUCGUUUUAUUCCAGGUGGAAAUCUAAGAUUGCAAAGUCUGAAGCAACUACCGGAGCCACCAUCUUCAUCUAGAAGCCAAGAUGAUUCCUCAUCAUCUUCAAGCAUGAAUGGGAAGAUGACAAAGCAUUCUCAGGAAGAUGAGGUCUCUCCUCCGCUACAACGGCCUUGCUCUUCUGGUGUGUCACCAGAGUCUAGCUAUGGAAAGAAUUCUUCUUGGGGUGGUUCCCUGAGCUUGACAGAGUAUAAGGUUUAUAAGGGUGAUGGGUUAGCAGAUGCCUCUACACAGACUGAAGAAAAUAUAAGUAGGCCUAAAGCACGGGAAACUUGUACAAGGGGUGUUUCAACUGAUGAUGGAUCAUUAGAACCAGAAUGUCAUGAGAAUUAUCAGAAUCAGGUUUCAUGUGAGAAAGAGAACUCUGAGAUAUGCAGGGAUCCAGUAUCCCCUCCUCCAUCCACAUCAAGUGCAUCGUCUUCUGGAGGGAAAACUGAAACUUUGGAAUCUUUAAUAAGAGCUGAUGCUAGUAAAAUCAACAGUUUUAGGAUUCUUGAAGAGGAAGAACUUCGAAUGCCAACCAAUGCAAGGCUGAAAGCGACAAAUAUGUUGAUGCAAUUGAUCUCAUGUGGGUCAAUAUCAGUGAAAGACCACAGUUUUGGCCUUGUUCCAGCAUACAGGCCAAGGUUUGGUCAUACAAGAUUUCCUUCCCCACUAUUCUCUACUUCAAUCAUGCUGGGAGAGCUCGAUUACUUACCAGAGAACCCAAAGCUGAUGGGCUUGAGAUUAGAAGACAAGGAAUAUUUCAGUGGGAGCUUAAUUGACACAAAAAAUCUUAAGGAAGAAGCAGAUGGACAAAGGUCUCUGAAACGUUCUUCUUCAUUCAAUGCAAACAAAAAUGGUAAGCAGUUGGAUUCAGCUGAGGACAAAGAGGAGAGAAAUUCUGGACGUUCUAAAUGCAUUCCCCGUUCAAUCAAGGCUUCAAUAAACAAGCAACCACGAAGUGAAUCCAUGAGAUCUCCCGUCUCCGAAAAACCAAGAAGCUCCUCUGAUGAGGUUGACAGCUCACAACCCGUAUCUAAUGGUAGCAGCAAAAGACUAAAUAAUCCUGUUUCGGGUAAAAGGCAAUCAAAAAGGCUAGAUUCCUUCAGAGAAGAGGAGAAGGUGAUCAAAAUUGAAGAAAGUUAAGUCUUGACUCCUUCCCACUUGUUCAAAAUAAUCAUCAUAUUCCCAAACUCCUUAUUCAUGGCUAUUGACGUUUCAUAUUAUUUUUCUUCUUCAACAGGCUUGCUUCAGGAGCUCGGAUUAUAAUCCAAUCCAAGGCACCCUGUGACACUGUUGUGAGCUGCCCUUAGAGGACUAUUUUGGAGGUAUGGCUAUGGAUUGGGAUUCCCCCUGACUUCCCUCUUCGGUUGGGUGUACAAUGCACACAGUAGUUUUUUCAAAUUUAAUUUGAAAAUUUCAAAUGAUGGUAGGUGAUACUGGCGGGCGGGUCUAAAGUGAUGAUUCUGUAAAUCUGGAAAAAUAGUAAAAGAAAGAGGAAAAUAAUAAAAAGAGAAAGUUAGAUACUACCAUUUUAGUAAUUUUUUAGGGUCCCGGGUGUGGUCAAGGACCAACUUUCCAAUGGGUUGAGUAACCACGGUUAACAGUAUCACCCUUUUGCGAUCCAGACAAGGUAGGUAGAUUAUCUUAUUUGAUGAUUACGGGUUUCUCUUUCUUCUUCAGAUUGUAGUAGUAAUUACCAAAAUUCGUGUUAUAGUAUAUCUCAAGGCUAAGGGAUCCUAUGGGGUCGACACUUUGACUCUUGGGUCAAAUACAAGUAUGAAAGUCAAAGUGUCCACAUUGACUGAUUUGAGUUUGGCUUUGUUGAAUUUAACUUGAAUUAGUAUUUUGGAGAAAAAAAAAUUGAAAUGGUAU